ACUUUGGCAAACGCGACGAGGCUGUAUCUCGAGAUAGCAUUGUAAAUACAUCAAUUGGACAAGUUUAGAAAAUGUGAACGGUUCCAGGGUCCAAUGUGCAUUCCAAAAUCACGAAAACAUUUCUGUCUCUAGAACAGUCUUUUUAAAAUAACGGUGUUGAGACAAUGUUGCAUCCAACAGAAGCUGUUUUCUCGUUCCUUGCAUUUGUCUGUUUUGGUCUCCAUGUCACUGGGAUAUGCACGGCAGACUGGUGGAAUCUAUCGGACCAGUUUGCCAAUGGAACAAUGGUGACGACGUCCUUCGGAAUCUGGUGGACUCGCACGUGUAUAGAUGAUGUUUGCUCUUCCACUUCUCGGGACCUAACUGGAGAACUUGCGUGGUUGCUUGGGGUGGCGGCCAUAGAGACUAUAUCCGUGGUGUUAUAUGCCCUGGCGCUCCCAGUGGCAGUGAUGCUGGUAUACCGAGCCGUGAGAGACCUAAAUGUUGACGUCCUUAAAAAGCUAUAUGUGGUCAUCUUAAGUGGAGCAGGAGCUGUCAUCCUCGUCGGAAUUCUAUUAUUCGUCAAAAAAAAGGCAGGGCUUACGGAAAGAUUUGCCAUGGAGACCAAGGAUGGCGUGGCCGGGUGGUCGCUAGCGUUGUCCUCGGCAGGCGGAACGAUCGGUCUCCUGGCGGGAGUUUCCAUGGGAAUCAGUCUUUUUUGCAAAACCAAAGAAUAUGAUGACGAGGAGGAAAAUGCCGAAAAAUCACACGAAUAUUGGCAGCAGAAGCACAAAGAAGUCAACUGACUGCUGUAAAAGUGCUGUUUGUUUUGAUUUGGCUAAUACUAUGUACAGUGAGAAAUAUUAAUACAGAAUGGGAAUGUUGUGUUAUUUUCGUAAUAAAAGACGAUGAAUUGCAGCUGGAUUUACUGAUAAUCUUGAAGAAGUUCAACCAUUUUAGCGUGGAAUAAUUUCAUCGGCCUUGUGGACACCACAUUUCUUUGAGAAUCAAAACAUUCUGUAAUUGGCAAUUUGCGCACGCUCAUUAAAACAUUUUUUGAAUGUUUAUAAAAUUUUUGACUAUACUUAUACCUGAAUAAUUUUUAUUUUGUUCAUUAAAAAAAUAAAUGUCCCCUCACCAG